GAAGAGAAGGGGCGCGCGGCAGGCCCGCGGGAGGCUCCCGGGGCGCACGACGCCCGCGUGCCCUCGGGGACAGCCGCCUGCCCCGGAGCCCGACCCGUGUGCACCGGGAACCGGGACUGCGAGCGGCGCGCUGGGCCGGAGUGGCCGCGGGGACCCGGGCAGCCCGAGCCCGGUUGGGAUGAGAAGGUGACGCCGCCGGGAGGCGCCACUCGCUUUGUGGGCAAGAUGCUGGCCUACUGCGUGCAGGAGGCCACCGUGGUGGACGUGGAGAAGCGGAGGAACCCCUCGAAGCACUACGUGUACAUUAUCAACGUGACCUGGUCUGACUCCACCUCCCAGACCAUCUACCGGAGGUACAGCAAGUUCUUUGACCUGCAGAUGCAGCUUCUGGAUAAGUUUCCCAUCGAAGGUGGCCAAAAAGACCCCAAGCAAAGGAUUAUACCCUUCCUCCCAGGCAAGAUCCUCUUCCGGAGAAGCCACAUCCGGGAUGUGGCUGUGAAGAGAUUGAAGCCCAUCGAUGAAUACUGCCGGGCACUUGUCAGGCUACCACCCCACAUUUCCCAAUGUGAUGAAGUCUUUCGGUUCUUUGAAACCCGACCUGAGGAUGUCAACCCCCCAAAAGAGGACUAUGGCAGUUCCAAGAGGAAAUCAGUGUGGCUGUCCAGCUGGGCUGAGUCUCCCAAGAAGGACGUGACAGGUGCCGACAGCAACGCCGAGCCCAUGAUCCUGGAACAGUAUGUGGUGGUGUCCAACUAUAAGAAGCAGGAGAACUCGGAGCUGAGCCUCCAGGCUGGAGAGGUGGUGGAUGUCAUCGAGAAGAACGAAAGUGGCUGGUGGUUCGUGAGCACCUCUGAGGAGCAGGGCUGGGUCCCUGCCACUUACCUGGAGGCCCAGAAUGGCACAAGGGAUGACUCGGACAUCAAUACCUCGAAGACUGGGGAAGUGUCCAAGAGACGCAAGGCCCAUCUGCGGCGCCUGGAUCGCCGGUGGACCCUGGGCGGGAUGGUCAACAGACAGCACAGCCGAGAGGAGAAGUAUGUCACCCUGCAGCCCUACACCAGCCAGAGCAAGGAUGAGAUCGGCUUUGAGAAGGGCGUCACCGUGGAGGUGAUCCAGAAGAACCUGGAGGGCUGGUGGUACAUCAGAUACCUAGGCAAAGAGGGCUGGGCACCAGCAUCCUACCUGAAGAAAGCUAAAGAUGACCUGCCCACUCGGAAGAAGAAUCUGGCAGGCCCAGUGGAGAUCAUUGGCAACAUCAUGGAGAUCAGCAAUCUGCUGAACAAGAAGACAUCUGGGGACAAAGAGGCUCCACCCGAAGGCGAAGGCUCCGAGGCUCCCAUCACCAAGAAGGAAAUCAGCCUACCCAUCCUCUGCAAUGCCUCUAAUGGCAGCGCCCUGGGCAUACCUGAGAGGACUGUGUCCAAGCUGGCCCAGGGCUCCCCAGCUGUGGCAAGGAUCGCCCCACAGAGGGCCCAGAUCAGCUCCCCGAACCUCAGGACGAGACCUCCACCACGCCGAGAAUCCAGCUUGGGGUUCCAGCUGCCGAAGCCACCAGAGCCCCCUUCCGUGGAGGUGGAGUACUACACCAUUGCCGAAUUCCAAUCUUGCAUUUCUGAUGGAAUCAGCUUUCGGGGUGGACAGAAGGCAGAGGUGAUUGACAAGAACUCUGGCGGCUGGUGGUAUGUGCAGAUUGGUGAGAAGGAGGGCUGGGCCCCUGCAUCCUACAUUGAUAAGCGCAAGAAACCCAACCUGAACCGCCGCACCAGCACGCUGACCCGACCCAAGGUGCCGCCGCCCGCACCCCCCAGCAAGCCCAAAGAGGUGGACGAGGGCCCUGCAGGUGCCGGGGAGAGCCAGGCUUCCCCGCUGAAGCUCAGGUAUGAGGAACCCGAGUAUGACAUCCCUGCCUUUGGCUUCGACUCCGAGCCAGAGCUGAGCGAGGAGCCUGCAGAAGACAAGGGCACGGGGGACAGGCGGCCUUCCCAGCCCCGCAGGCCCUCGCCGGCCUCUUCCCUGCAGCGAGCCUGCUUCAAGGUGGGGGGUUCCUCUGAGGAUGUGGCCCUGGAGGAGGAGACCAUCUACGAGAAUGAGGGCUUCCGGCCGUGUGCAGAAGACACUCUGUCAGCCAGAGGCUCCUCGGGGGACAGCGACUCCCCCGGGGGCUCCUCACUGUCCCUUGCCAGGAAAAACUCCCCCAAGUCCGGCUCCGACUCCCCGAAGUCAUCAUCACUUCUGAAACUCAAGGCAGAGAAGAAUGCCCAGGCAGAGCUGGGGAAAAGCCACUCCUCAGCCUCCUCCAUCACCAUCAACACCGCCUGCUCUUCCUCCUCCUCCUCCUCCUCCUCCUCCCUGUCCAAGAACAGUGGUGACCUGAAGCCGCGCUCAGCCUCAGAUGCAAGCACCCGUGGUACCCCCAAGGUGGGGGCCAAGAGAGAUGCUGAGGUGAAGGCCGGGCCCACCCCCUGUGCUCGGACCAAGCCCUCCCUCCGGCCUAAGCCAUUGCUCAACCGGGCCGAGUCCCAGAGCCAAGAGAAGAUGGACAUCAGCACUUUAAGGCGUCAGCUGAGACCCACGGGCCAGCUCCGGGGGGGCCUGAAGGGAUCCAAGAGUGAGGAUUCAGAGCUGCCCCCCCAGACCGCCUCCGAGGGGCCCAGGAGAGGCUCGGCCGAUGUCAUCCCUCUCCCGGCCUCCGUGCCCCCGGGGCCUCCGAAGAAGGAGUGGGAAGGGCAGGCGGCGGCCUACGUGACCUGCAGCGCCUACCAGAAGGUGCAGGACUCGGAGAUCAGCUUCCCGGCGGGCGCCGAGGUCCGGGUGCUGGAGAAGCUGGAGAGCGGGUGGUGGUACGUGAAGUUUGGGGAGCUGGAGGGCUGGGCCCCUUCCCACUACUUGGUGCCCGAUGAGAGCCAGCAGCCCCACCUGCCUGGCAAGGAGGCCGACCCGGCCCAGGGCAAGCCGAGCCCGGGCAAGUCGGACAGCCUGGAGAGCGCGGAGAAGCGGGUGCAGGCGCUGAACACGGUGAACCAGAGCCGGCGGGCCACGCCGCCCAUCCCGUCCAAGCCCCCCGGCGGCUUCGGCAAGGCCUCGGGCAGCGCCGCCGUGAAGAUGAGGAACGGGGUGCGGCAGGUGGCCGUCCGGCCCCAGUCCGUGUUCGUGUCCCCGCCCCCCAAGGACAACAACCUGUCGUGCGCCCUCCGGAGGAACGAGUCGCUGACGGCCGGCGACGGGCGCACGGGCGUGCGCCGCAACUCCUCCUUCAGCACCGCGCGCUCCGCCGCCGCCGAGGCCAGGGGCCGCCUGGCCGAGCGCGCCGCCAGCCAGGGCUCCGACUCCCCGCUCUCCUCGCAGCGCAACUGCAUCCCCGUGUCCCCCGUGCGCCCCAAGCCCAUCGAGAAGUCCCAGUUCAUCCACAACAACCUCAAAGACAUGUACGUCUCCAUCGCAGAUUACGAGGGGGACGAGGAGACGGCGGGCUUCCAGGAGGGGGUGUCCAUGGAGGUGCUGGAGAGGAACCCCAAUGGCUGGUGGUACUGCCAGAUCUUGGACGAAGUGAAGCCCUUCAAAGGCUGGGUGCCCUCCAACUACCUGGAGAAGAAGAACUGACUGGGAGCGCGGGGUCCUCCCAGCCUCCACGUGCCUUGGGGGCGACCACCAAAGAGUGGCACACACACACACACACACACACACACACACACACACACGGGGAAGGACAGCACGGAACCCUGCAGAAGAGGUGCCCUCAAAGAUGCCCCCAGCCGGAAGGGAGGCGAGGAUGGGAGAAAAGGAUAGGUGGGGAGUCCAGGGCCUGGGAUCCGCAUGUACACGGUGGUAAACUUCACUGAUAGACUGCAUGGUCAUCUGAGACAGGCCACCCCGGGAACCCCAAUCAUGCCUUUGGGAAGUCAUGCGGUCGCGGAGGAGGAGGGGUGUACGGCGUUCUGCCCCUACUUGGCUGUUUUGGUGAUUGGCAUCAUGCCAUUGCAGCCAGCCAUUGUUCCUUGUUCACAGAUGUUAGUGAUUGAGCUGGUUUCCAGAGACCACCAUAGCCUUGCAUGGGUGGGCAUGUCAGCCGCCCCGGCACCGAGGCUGGGCAGCGUCUCUGUGAGCUCGGCCCCUCCCACGCCCAGCCGCUUCCAUGUGUGUCAGAGGAAAAGCAAUUCCCUACCACUGCCACUGCCUUGGCCUGAGGCGGGCCUGUCCUCAUCUUCUGCUGGUGAUUCCAGCAGGGCUGGGUGGUCCCUUGGCAUAUUUGGGAACAGGUCCAUUGGUUUGGGGUUAUACAUCAGAUCUUGGUUUGGGGUUUACUUUAGUUUGGGAGACUGAGGUGGUCAGCCUCACAUGGGAAAGGGGUGGGUGGGGGUGGGGGGGUUCUUUUGUAGUCUGUGGAAGGGUAUUUUGUUUGGAUUUGGAUUUCAUGUUCUUGCCCUUCCAUAAACCGAGUCAUUUUGGUUUGGUGUCCACUGUUUGGACCGUGCCCAAGCCCGGUGCUUGCCAAAGGCUUUUGGGGGCUGGGUAUGACCAGGCUCCAGGCUUGGCAAAACAUUUCAACUGUCUGGUUUCUGCCCAGCAUUGAUGAGGCAAAAAAUAGAAAGAAAUAACACCUCCUCCAAAGGGAGGGAAGGUGUGAGCAGCCAGACCUUUAGAGAGAAGGCCACUCCCGGGCUGGGGGUGACCCACCGCUCUGUAUGUUCACCCCCACUGCGCGGGGCUGAAAGAAAGCCUUACAUAGGACCUGCAGAGAGCAGUUACCGCCCCACAGGGCCAGACUGGAGCAGAUACCACCACUGGCCCUUUGGGCCCGCUGGCGAUGCCACAGGUGCCUGGGAAGAUGGAAGGCCCGUGGUGUAGGAGCAGCCUGGGCUUCUCCAGGGGCUGUGCCCCAAUGAAGAGAGAAAUGAAAGCACCACGUCCCCUGCUACCCUCUGCCAGCCUCAGGCUGUGUUGUUCACGGUUGGCAUCUCAGAGGGGACCCUCCGAAAGAAGGCCUUCAGCCUCCUCAAGGACUCAACCUUUGCUGGGAGUGGAUUUCCGCACGUGCCUUUGAUUCCAGACAGAGCAGGCCUCACAGCCAGCCGACCAACCAUGCUGCCAGACCCGCUGGCCCAAGGCGUCUGCCUUCUACCCAGGAGGACAGGCCUCCCCCGUCACAGGCCAGCCGGGACCUAGCGUCUCGGUGCCAUCAGCCUCCCGCCCCCGCCCCUUACCAUACACCAGUGCCUGGCAGCUAUGGUAAACUGCACGUGUUCUUUGUCAAAGGGCCGUGGUGAGAUUGUUUUGGUUUCUUUUCGUUGUUGUUGUUCAUGCAUUUGACUUAGAAAUUGAAAUUAGUUAUUUUCUUCUGCUGGACAAUAUUAAAUAGAGCAGGAUAGUGCGUUAAUCUGCUAGAUUGCAGUACUCAUGAUAGUGUAGUGUCUUCGUAUUAAUAUUAUUUGUACCUAUUUGAACAAUAAUGAUAAAGAAGUGGUUCAUUAUUUUUAAUUAAUGCACUUUAAAUACGGUGGAAUGCAAAGAAACCCAGAGAACCGAGUGCAUUACUUAAAGAUGCAGUAUAUACUUUUCUCAUUUUUAAACAGCACAUAUUUAUUAAAAGAUGAAAAAAGUAAUUUAUGAUUAUUUAAAAUAAAAUUUAAAAGUAGAGUGACUGUCGGGUGAAAGGACCUUCCAGGGGGAGGGCCUUCUCGGCCCCACACCUCAUAUGCCUGUGCUGAGACAGUUCAAUCGCCACAGUUCCAGCGGGCCAGGAGGGAAAGCAGCAUGGCUGCCAAGCAUAGAGCAUCUCAAUUGGACUGGACCACAGUGCUCCCCAGAGCCUGCCUAGCCCGCCCUUCCCCUCCUUCCGUACUGCCUCCUGCGGAUCUCUGCCAGCCAGGUUCUCCUGCUCUCCCCCUCCCCCCCGAAAUAAACCCUGAUUUCUAGGGCUCUGAAGCCAUAGUGUCAUUAAAAGGCAGGAUUGGUAGCGACCUAUGAGGUGAACGCGUCCCGUCCCUCCCUGUUACUUUCACCCAAGUAUGGGAAAUGACUUUCCCUGAAUCACACAGCUAGUGAAUGGCAGAUUUCCCCCCACAUCAAUCCUGUGUUCCUCCCCAGCCCUGCUACAGGUUAUUGUGUGGCCACCAUGUUUACAUUGUGACAUCCAGCCCCAAGGAUGGCUGGGAGUUGCUCAGGCAUCCAGGAAAAGCAGGAGAUGCUGCCACCUGCUGGCAGCAUGUGGAUUUGAGCAGUGAGUUUUUGCACUGCCCCUUGCCCCCCUCCAUCAAUCCCCUGAUUCACAGCACAGCACAAAAACCCUGCAAACCCAAAGAAUAUUAAUACUUGAAGAAGGGUGCAUGCCAGUUCUCAGGCACGGCCUGGGGUGCCAGGCGUGUGCCUCAGGACUCCUAGCCCAGCCCAGGCAAGAGGGCCUUUCCCUAGAGCUACUGAGCUGCUCUGUGACGUUGGAGGGCACCGCCGGCGCAGCAGAGGACGGGAGGCCUGGGCUCUGACUCACCUGGAGGAAAACCAGAUCAGAUUAAAAGGCAAAAAUGAAAUCUCAGCAGCAUCCAAACCUAGUUGUCCAUUCGUUGUGAUUGAAAAUGUGAAAUGAUAUUGUAUUGCUGUAUACUGCAACUUUAAUCCUAAUGAGCCCUUCUGAGGUCAUUAUUGAGGUUUAUAUAAUGCCGGAAGAUGCAUCAUUUGGUGCUUUGUUUUCCUUUCCGUUUAAAGUCCUUUUUCUUUUAUGAUAAGGGUGAAAAAGUCUUCAUCUCCCACCUCACCCUCUGUCAUAGCCGACCUGGCUCCUUGUGUAGGAUAUGGGGUCUGGGCUGGGCAGCCAGAGGGGUGUGCGAAGGAGCACUGCUGUGUGGAGGGCUGCCUCCUCCCUGUGGCUGUGGCCAGGUCCUGUUUGCCAGGACUCUGGCAGAGCCCAUCCACCCCCAGCCUGGCCUCAAAGGUUCCUCUUUGUGUGGGUCUUUCUCUUGAUUCUCCAUUGGACGAAGGCAUUAUAUAGAAUCACUAUAAUCAGUUUCAGAUGUUAGAGCAGCAUAUUUUACUGGCAUUUGUAUCCAUUGCUUUCCUCAGCAAGGCAUGUUACUUUUUUAUCAUC